CAACGCCGGGCACUUGAGCUAAAAUCUUGAUUUAAUACCUAGCUCGGGUAAACGACUGGAAUAACUAUGAUUAUGAAUAGUAAUAUAAACCUGGACAACGUUGGGCACUCCGGCUUGUUAUUAUUAUCUCAUAGUUACGAUGAUUUUACUUGCAGAGGACCCCUGGCCAGCUCUUUUAAGCUUCAUCUCUCUGAUAUACUGGGAUUCUAUGAUAAGGAAACUGGAUUGGAUAUGGAUCAUGAAUGCUUGAGAACUGACGGGCUUUCUCCCAGAUACAGGGCUAGUUUAGCACAUAUUCUUCCUGAUUAUGGAUGUUCUAGGGCUAGUCUAGCACAUAUUCUACCUGAUUAUGAAUGUUUCAGGUCUAGUCUAGCACAUAUUCUACCUGAUUAUACAUGUUUCAGGUCUAGUCUAGCACAUAUUCUCCCUGAUUAUACAUGUUUCAUGGCUAGUCUAGCACAUAUUCUUCCUGAUUAUACAUGUUUCAGGGGCUAG